GGUCCAUCGACCGGAAGUAGAGCUGUGACCGUCAACGCAGGAGACAUACUGGUGAAAAUAGAGGAGUUUGGAGGGAUCAGUGAAGAACUGAUAGAUUUAAAUCAUCAGUCAGGUCACAUUACAGUGUAAUCAUGUGGUAUGAAAUUAUACCCGGGUUCGCUAUAAUGACAGCGUGUUUGAUUAUUCCUGGAAUCGCUACUGCUCAGAUCCAUAAGUGGACAAAUGGAGGAAAGGAAAAAAGAACCGCGAGAGUACCUUACCACUGGUACCUGAUGGAACGAGACAAGCGGGUAUCAGGAACUGGGUUACAUUACCAAUCAAAGGGACUUGAGAACAUUAACUGAAGAUGAAGCCAGAGCUUUACGCCAGUCCCCCGUCUAAAAGUUUUGAAAUGUGUAUUUUGCCCAAUUGUCUAAUAAAAUAAUGUAUAUAUGUGA